AUGCAGCAGGUUACCAAGUAUCCUCUGCUUCUGGAGAACAUCAUUAAAAAUACAGAAGCUGGAUCAGAGGAAAUGAAAGACCUGCCUAGAACGAUGCCGCACUAUACUAAGAGACCUGGAUCAGAGGAAAUGAAAGACCUGCCUAGAACGAUGCCGCACUAUACUAAGAGACAUGUCGUUGUGUCUGUUGUCGCUGGUUCUGUUGGCAUUCUACAUUGUGCACAUUAUCCAGGAGAUGCAUUUAUAAUGAUCACAUGGCGAGUCCAUUCUCUGUAUACAGCUCCCUGCUUGAUGUCAAUGCAAGAUAACAAGACCUUCACCAACUGCACAGAGAGAGCAAUACAGGACAAUGUGACCCUGAAAAUAAUGAAUACGGAAAUAACCGAUACUGGGAUAUACACCUGUGAAGUGGUAAAUGCUGAGGGAACAUUUAUAAAUACCGUUCUGUUACAAGUAUUAGUUCCUCCUUCCGUGUCUCUGAUGAUAAACCGAGAUGGAUCUCCUGAGUGCCGUGCUGUUGGUGGGAAUCCAGCAGCUGAUAUUUCCUGGAUUCCGGAAUCAGAUAGUGUCAACACUACAAGUAGAAUGGAGCCGGACAAGACUUGGACAGUUAUUAGUACAUACAGCGCACACGGAAUCAGUGGGAGAGAAGUGAAAUGUAAAGUUUCUCAUCCUGCAUUUACUCAUCCUCAGAUAAUGGCCGUUCUAAUAACUGGAAACAUACAUUUCGUCAGGUGGAUUGUGGGACCAGUUAUCCUUCUCGUCCUCAUCACAGGAUUAUUGUUCACAUGGAAACGACCAACUUGCAGAUGUUCAAAGUAAAGAAGACUUGGAUCCAGACGUCGAUGUCAAUUCA